AUGCAAUAAAAUGAUUAAAAUAAAAAUACAGGUUGUUUAUGUUUUGGGAAGAAACAAAAAGGUGAAUUCCCUAAAACUUUCAAAAAAUCUGAAAAAAUCCUUAAAAAAUAUAAAGAUAAUAGUUUAGAUGUAUUAGUUUAACAUUUUCUUAGAUUUCAGAUGAUGCUAUUUUAGAAGUGAUGAUUAGAUUAUAUAUAUCAGAGAAUAAAAACAAAGCUAUUGAUAUGCUUUAAAGAUGCCGUAUUAAUCCAAAUUAUCAAACAAAUUAAAUUAGAAACGAUUUGGAAUAUUUUAUCCCUUAGUUAAUUAACUUCUUAGUGUUUCACUAACAACUUCAAGAUGAAAGAUUAAUCUAAUUCAUUAAUAAUGCAUCAUAAAUAGACUUUUUUUUUGCUCAUCUUGUCUACUUCUAAUUAAAGAGUUUAUCUUAAAUUGUUGCUCAUAAUAACAGAAUUGAACUUAAAAUAGUACAAAAGUUUGUAAAAGAAUUUGAAUAAAAAAUGACAUUGAAUUAUUAAGGCAAUUUAUUAAUAGCAACUUAAUUUUUAAAGAUUCAUCUUGAUGAUUCUAUAACAAGUUCUACAUUAAGAAAAUCAAUAACAAGUUUAUCAAGUAAAAAAAUUAAACAGGAAGUUUAUCAAGGGUCUUUAAGAAUCAAAUCUAUUAAAUAAAAUGAAGUAGUAAGACUCUAUGGAACCAAUUAAUGGGAAUAAGAGAUGUCAAAUAAAAGUCCCUCAUAAUAUUUAAUAAGAAACCAUGAUGAUAUUGAAUUAGAAGAUUACAUAUCUAUAUUUGAAAAUAAUGAAGAUAUUAUUAAACCUAUUGAUACUGCUUUUUAAUCUAAUAUUAACUUUUGGUAUGAUAUUACAAAAAUUUGUGAUGAAUUAUCAAAAUCCAAUUCUAAAACUGAAUAUUUACAUAGUUUACUAAAUAAAAUGAAUAUUAAUUUACCAGCUGCUGUCUAUGUACCUUUUGUUAAGAAUUCAAUUAGAAACUAUGCUGUCCUAAAUAUAGUAUCUAGAGAAAGUAGAGUAUUCUCUACCAAAAUGAGAAGUCCUUAUAGUUUAACACUUGAAAUCUAUAGACCUGAAAUAGAGGAAGAUUAUAAUGAAUAGUAAUUAAUUGAUAAAUAAAUGUCUUUAGCUAUAAAAACUAGUGUAUUUUUAAUUAUUUUAUAUAUUUAUAUAGAUGAUAAAAACCUAAAGUUAAGACAUUAUCUAAGAAUAAUUAAAUGCUUAAAUGAAUAGUACCUAUUCUCUUGCAGAAGCAUAAAAAAUAUUUAAUAAUGAAUUUUAAAAUAUCAAGUUCAAUUAAUUUAAUUAUUAAAAUAAUGAAUAAGUAUCAGAUGGAAUAGGAUAAUUUUAUAAUUAUCGAUAAACCAAUAAUUAAGAUUCAGAUUAAUAAGAUGAAAUGAUAGAUUAAUAGAAUAUAUUUUAACAACCAUCAUUUUCGAAUGCAACUGAUGAUUAAUCAAAUGAUAAAGAAAUUGAAUAAAUUAGUAAUUAGAAGUAGUAAUCAGAAUUAGUAGAUUAAAGUAAAUUAGAGAUUAGUUCUUUUAAUAGUAGAGUUAGUUAUUUGCAAGAUGGAAAAGGACUUGUAUUAACUUAGGAAGAAUAUCAAGAAAUGAAAUAAGUUAUUUUUGGAGAAAAUGCUAUGGCUUAAUAAGAAAGAAUAAAAAAAUAAAGUCCAUUUUAAAGUUUAAAAUCUUGGUAAUUAGUUCAUUUAAUAAUAAAAACAGGAGAUAAUUUAAAAUAAGAAUAAUUUGCUUUAUAAUUAAUAUGUUAAUUUGAUUAAAUUUUUAAGAAGGAGGGUUUACCUUUAAAAUUAAGAUAUUAUGAAGUUUUAUCAUUAGGACCUGAUUGUGGAAUUAUUGAGAUGAUUAAAAAUGCUACUACAAUAGAUAGUUUAUAAAAGAAUCUUUAAAAAAAAUUUACUCAAUUUAGUGAUUUUUCUGAUUUUUUCAGAUCUUAUUUUAGAAACAAUAUUGAAUAAGCAUUAUAAAAUUAUGUAUAAUCACUUGCAGCCUACUGUUUAGUAUGUUAUUUUUUAUAAGUUAAAGAUAGACAUAAUGGAAAUAUAUUAUUAGAUGAUGAAGGUAAUUUAAUUCAUAUUGAUUUUGGAUUUUUUUUAUCUAUAUCUCCUGGUAAAGGAAUGGAAUUUGAAGGAAAAGUACCAUUUAAAUUAUUAUCUGAUUACAUUAAGGUUUUAGGAGGAGUCAAAGGUACUUUGUUUUAAAAUCAUUUCAGAAAACUCUUUUAUAAGUUUAAUUAUUUAUAUAUUAUUAGAGGAUUUAAGGCUUGUCAAAAACAUUAGAAUGAAAUAUUAUUAUUGGUAGAAAUGAUGUAUACAGGUCAUGGAACCACACUACCUUGUUUUUAAAAAGGUGAAGUUGCUUUAAAAGAAUUAGAAAAUAGGUUUAAUCCAAGAGUAGCAUCUGAUGCUGAAUUAUUUGUUUAUGUUUAAGAAUUAAUUAAUAAAUCAUUAGAUAAUUGGAGAGCUAGAUGGUAUUAUUUAUUUAAUUAAUUAUUAGGUAUGAUAAAUUUCAAUAUUUCGCUUAAGGAAUAUUUUAUUGAAGAAAAGGAC